AGGGUUUAAGAAAAAUUUCAGAGGAGAGAGAAAGAGAGAGAGAGGUUAUUGAGAGAGAAUGGGGAAGACGACGUACAAGCGUUUGAAAGGAAGCCAGAGCUUCAGGCAGAGGCUACUUCUCUCCACCCUUUCUUCAACGCCUAUCAUCAUCGAUGAGAUUCGUGCCGACGACAUGAUUCCCGGCCUCCUCCGUCACGAGAUGUCUCUCCUCCGCCUCUUCGAGACUGUCUCCGAUGACUGCGUCGUUGAGGUCAACGAGACCGGGACACGAUUGAAGUACAAGCCUGGAAUCAUAAUGGGAGGAAAGAACUUGGUUCACAAUUGUGCCCUGACUCGAUCCAUGGGCUAUUUUCUAGAGCCAUUGCUUCUGUUAGGAUUAUUUGGAAAGAAGCCCCUUUCGAUUAGGCUUAAAGGAGUUACGGAUGAUGCAAAGGACCCUAGCGUUGACACAUUCCGUAACGCUUCUUUACACAUCUUAAAGCGUUUUGGAGUCCCUUCGGAAGGUUUAGAUCUUAAAAUCGAAGCCCGUGGAGUAGCUCCAGAGGGAGGUGGAGAAGUUCUUUUAACUGUUCCAAAUGUUCAGACUCUAACCGCGGUCCAGUGGGUAGAGGAAGGAAUGGUGAAGAGGAUACGUGGUUGGACCUUCUCUGCAAGAGUGUCUAGCGACUUUGAACAUUCCAUGAGAUUCGCAGCUCGUGGAAUCUUUAACAACCUCUUGCCUGAUGUUCACAUCUUCAACGAUCACAAAUCUGGCCCUCACGCUGGAAAAUCACCUGGAUACGGAAUAACACUGGUAGCAGAAACAACUGCAGGGUGUCACAUCUCUGCAGAUACAACAGUGUCUUGUGGAAGGACAGAUGAGACGGGAGAGGUCGAUGAUGAGAAGCAAGAGAGAAAACCAGCAGAAGACACUGGAGUUGAAAUAGCUUCAUGGCUUCUCCAGGAGAUUGAGAAAGGCGGAGUUGUUGAUUCAACACACCAGGGAUUGUUGUUUAUACUAUGUGCGUUAUGCCAACAAGACGUGUCAAAGGUUCGAGUGGGAACGUUAUCUCCUUAUGGAGUUGAGACGUUGCGGAACUUGAAGGAGUUUUUGGGAGUUACUUUUAGCUUCAGACCUGAUCCUGAUACAGCAACUGUCAUACUCACUUGCGUUGGAAGUGGUUUGGUUAACCUCUCCAGAAAGCUGUCUUGAUUUCUCACCUUUUCGUGUUUGUUUACUCAAUUAAUCAGCUUUAUACAGUUUUGUCUGAAGGAAAACGCUUUUCUAUUUGUUUAAAUGGAUGUGUGUUAUAAUUUAUGACAUACUUUUGGUUCACUCAUUAUCAUCCUGUAUUUUUCUUUCACUCAUUAAUCUAUUAAGCUCAGGCUUUUAUUUUA